ACACUAAGAAGAGCAGGUGUUGCAAGGUAGAACUUUGAAAACACAUCUAAGAGGAAAAAGUGGAAAUGAGCCUCUAUCUGUCCUGGCUGUAAGGUAGGGCUCUGACUUGCUCUGGUUUUCUUCACCUUACAUCAUCAGGCAGUAGGGAACAGUACUUAAUAACUGGAUUUAAUGAACUCUUUCUGGUAGUUCUUAGGAUCAUUUGAAUGAUGUUCUUUAUGUUUAACUCUCCACCCUAAGCAGCAGAUGUGGAGGGGCUUUUAGAGGCCAGUAUAUUCCAAGUCCUUGGAAUAUAUAGCUCCUUCUUUAAAUAAAGUUUUGGGAAAUAUGUAAAAUGUGUAAGAAAGCACACGGCUUAGCAGUACGAGAAGCUCUAACCAUCGACCUAAGGUGGAGAUGACUAAAUGUAGGCAGGGAGGAAUUAUUUUGCAUAACUUGGAAUAAAUUAUUCCAGUGUUUUGUUGUUGUCGUUGUUUUUGUUGUUGUUGUUGUUUGUGUGUGUAGUUUUCUGUUGUUCUACUUCUGCUUUUAAUGCCAAGAAACUAGGCUCCAGUCCAGUUUCUAUUAAAAUUAGUGAACUUACAUUGGUGCCAGUGGAAGAGCUGAUGCCUCGACAGAACAUGCAGAGCAGAACUAAAUGUCCUGUGUAUGGCUAGCAAGGACAGCGAUAGUGCUAAAGACAACAGAAGACAGUGUUGAUCAGUAGGCAGAUUCAGACAUCAGGAUUGACUCAAAAAGGCAACAUGAAAGAAACUCGGAAGCCACACGCAGACGACAAAUUCUGCGGCAUUUCCAGGCUUAAGUUAUUUCUGCUGGCGCUGUCACUUGCAUUUAUUGGUAAAACGAUGACUGGUGCUUACUUGAACAGCAUGUACACACAGAUAGAGAAGCAAUUCAAUAUUCCAGCAUCUUUAGUGGGGAUCAUUAAUGGAAGCUUCGAAAUUGGUAACCUGCUGCUGAUAGCAUUUGUGAGUUACUUUGGAGGAAAGUUUCACAGACCCAAAAUAAUUGCUUUGGGCUGCACGGUUUUUGCAUUUGGCUGUCUUUUGACAUCAUUUCCUCAUUUCCUAUUUGGAAGGUAUCAUAUUGAAAGCAGCGUUUCACCACAGGAGAAUUCUUCAGUUGUGUCUCUGUGCCAUGCUAACCAAAGCUUGACCUCUUUACCUACAGAGGAACCAUCAACAGAGUGUGAAAAGGAGCCUGAGUCCUUGCUGUGGAUAUUUGUGAUGGUUGGAAACUUAAUACGAGGAAUGGGUGAAACUCCCGUCGUGCCUUUAGGCAUUUCAUAUUUGGAGGAUUUUGCCAAAACAGAGAAUUCACCUUUCUACCAGGGUUGUCUACAUACUGCAACAGUAAUUGGCCCCUUUCUUGGCUACUUGUUGGCAUCAUUCUGUGCAAAACUGUUUGUUGAUCUGGAAUCUGUAGAUGCAGGGGAGCUAACCAUAACACCUGCUGAUGUCCGCUGGGUUGGAGCAUGGUGGCUGGGCAUUUUGAUUUGUGCAUUAGUGAAUUUUCUUGCAGGACUACCUUUUUGGUUUUUGCCCAGGUCACUUGUGAAGGAAGGGGAAAUCAGUGAGUCUGAGAAGACAGGUAAAAAGGAAGGAGUACUAUUGGAAGGAAAUGAGCAAAAGGAAACCAAACAGAGCAUGUAUGAAAUUGCUAAAGAUUUCAUCCCAUUCCUCAAGGCUUUGCUUCGCAACCCAGUUUAUAUGCUAUUUAUAGUUAUAUCUGUGCUACAGUUCAGCGCCUUCAUUGGCAUGAUAUCCUUCAUGCCUAAAUAUUUGGAACAGCAAUUUGGAAAAUCUGCAUCAGAUGCCAUCUUUUUAAUUGGUAUUUACAACUUACCAAUUAUAUGCCUUGGGUACUUUUUUGGAGGCUUAUUUAUGAAGAAAUUCAAGAUAAAUACCUACCAGGCUGCACAUAUAGCAUGUUGGGUAACUUUUCUGGAUUACCUGCUAUACUUUAGUGCCUUUUGGACUAUCUGCGACACUUCACCAGUUGCCGGCCUAACGGUCUCCUAUGAAGGAAUAGACCAAUUGUCAUAUGCAGAAAAUACUCUACUUGCUGACUGCAAUAGAGAUUGUGAUUGCACACUUAAAGUGUGGGACCCAGUUUGUGCGAACAAUGGAAUCACUUAUGUGUCAUCGUGUCUGGCUGGGUGUAAGGCCUCAACAGGAACCGGAAAAAGUGUGGUAUUUGAAAAUUGCACCUGUGUUGCAGCCGCAGAGUUUCCAUUUCAAAAUACCUCUGCAAUUCUGGGCCAGUGUGACAAAGGAGGAAACUGUGACAAGAUGCUUCAAUAUUUUUUAAUACUGCAAUUAGUCGGCAGCUUCAUUUUUUCCUUAGCAGCAAUGCCUGGGUUCAUGGUCUUAAUAAGGUCUCUAAAGCCUGAAGAAAAGUCAUUUGGAGUGGGUAUCCAUGAACUAGCUGCGAGAGUAUUUGCUGGAAUUCCAUCUCCUGUUUUUUUUGGAGCUUUGAUAGAUACCACAUGCAUGAAAUGGGGUACUAAGUCCUGUGGCGGAGAAGGAGCGUGUAGGAUAUACGACAUAGUCAAGUACAGGUGGAUCUACCUUGGCCUGCCAGCAUUGUUACGUGGAGUGUCCUUUAUCCCAGGUGUAAUAACCCUCUUUAUUUUAAAGAAGAAACUUAAAUCUGAAAGGAAUGUCUCAUUAAAUGCACCAGUAGAAUUGCAGGAUAAAGGACAGUAAGCAUUGAGAUAGCAUUUCACAGCAGGAUGUUGUGAAAAAACCUCACAGUGUAAAUUUUGGAUAUAUCUUUGUAAAAUAUUUCUUAUUUUAAUUAGUGAACUUCUGGACAGAGAUUAAUAGAUUUUCACAAAGUUACAUCCUAAUUAUAUUCUCAUAUUAUUAUUAUCAGUUCAUAAACAGGAGUUACAGGAAAAAUGUGUUUGGUGCAAAGGUACAAAGAGUAGAAAUAUGACGAAAUGCCAGGUUUGAUUCAUCUGAGCAAAGGAGUACAAAGCAGAAGCAUACAGUUUCAAUCCUGGUUUCACUGAAGGUAGUGAGAGUUUUGCAACUGACUCCAGUGAUGUUAGAUUUUGUCCUGGAAUUCUUCAAUGGCUUCUGCCACAACCUCUCUUGUUGACUGUAGACAAGAUGUGAAGCUUUAUUGGGUCUGAGUUUUUCAUGAACUUAAGUCGUCAGUCUUUUCAAGCAAGGACUGUAUGGUGUUCUACACAUUGUAGGUGGUCAAUGUACUGGGAACUUAGUUUAUGUCAUGUGCUGCAGUAAUAACAACAAAUACAAAUAAACAACUUAAUUAAAAAAAUGGUGU